AUGCUUCGUAGGAAUAGUUCCACCAGAGAAACGUCAUUAAUCAACUCACUUGAAUAAAAAUCAUUUCUAAAUCUAGCAGGAAAACUCAAUGGCUCAGAGUUCCCAGCCAAAACCACUUUUGGAUUAAAAAAUAAGGAAAAUAAGGAAAACACUACGGCCCGAAUGUUUUCAUUAACUCCUACUCAAGAGAAUCUCUUUUCAAGACCUGCAAUCAAGAAUGAUACUAAUAACCAAAAUAAUUCAAAAAAAGAAUCAACAUCCAAGAAUUACAUGUACUUAAACAUGGAAGAGUAAAACCAAAGAGUAUUCACAAAAAGUACAUAGUUAUUUUCUAAAACCCCCAUAUAUAAUUAAUCAAUACCAACAGAAAGAUUCGAGAGUGCAUAGACAGUUACGAGCUCUUUGAAUUUUACAAAAAAACCAUUAUUCAACUCCUCCAAUGAAUUACCUGGAAUAUCUAUUCAAAGUGUAAAAGAACUAGAGUUCAACUCGUGCAAAAAACAACAAAGCAGCAUUCCAACCUCUUAUUUGGACAAUGCAAUUACAUAACGAAAUAAUAAAACCUAGGAUCAAAAAGAGAAUACAACUACACGAGUCUCAAUUGAUCAUAAUACAAGCAAUCUGCCAAAAAUAUAUUACAUUUCAUCUAUUAUCAAAGCAUUCAAACAAAAGGGGUCCAAUUCUGCCAAAGAGCAUCUCAUUCAUAAUAUGCAAGGUAUCAUUAUUGGGAAGAAAGUUAAAGUUACCCCCGUGAAGUAGAGUAUAAUUCUACCGACUGUCAAUAAGAAAACCUUAUUGUUUGAUCUAGAUGAAACUCUUGUGCAUUGUAAUUCUAGUAUUUCAGUUCCUGGAGAUAUAUUAUUAAACAUUAAUCAUGACGGUGAAACUAUGGAAGCUUCCUUAAAUGUCAGACCAUACACUUCUCAUUUAUUAUAAUAAUUAAGCAGGCAUUUUGAAUUGAUUAUAUUCACUGCCUCGCAAUCUUAUUAUGCGAAUGCAGUUAUUGAUUACUUGGAUCCUGAUAAAAAAUUGAUAUCCCAUAGAUUUUAUAGAGAGCAUUGUAUUCCAACUGAAGAUGGACAUUUUAUCAAAGAUCUGCGUAUUUUUAAAACAAGAAAAUUAAGUGACAUGCUGUUAAUCGAUAAUGCUCCUCAUUCUUAUUUGUAUUAAAUAUAAAAUGGAGUUCCCAUUAUUCCAUAUAUUGAUAAUAAAUAGGAUGAAGAAUUGAAAUCUCUACUAUAAUACUUGAUGCAAUUCAAAAAUGUCAAAGAUGUUAGAGAAUUUAAUAUGCAAUACUUAAAAAUUCCACGAUUUUCAGAGUACGAUGACCCCUAAAAGCUAUUGAAAUGUGAAUUUGCUGAUUACCUAGAAUAAGCUGUUAUAUGA